UAACGGUCUUCCCGGCCAGCGUCCUUAGCUGCCCCCGAUCCCAGUACCCGCAGUCUCAUUUGCCACCUUCCGACGCGUGACCCCGGCGCGCUCGCGUCCCGGGCUGGUGACAGGCGCGGGGUACGCCGAGAGGUCCCAUGUGCCCCCUCCCUUUCCUGGCCGCCGCAGUCGCCGCGUCCCGAACCCCACUCCGGCUCCUCGGCAGAGGACUCGCCGCCAUGUCUGCCGCCAGGCGACUCAAAUCCGUGGACUACGAGGUGUUCGGAAGAGUGCAGGGUGUUUGCUUCAGAAUGUACACAGAAGAUGAGGCUAGGAAAAUAGGAGUGGUUGGCUGGGUGAAGAAUACCAGCAAAGGGACUGUGACAGGCCAAGUGCAAGGCCCCGAAGACAAAGUCAACUCCAUGUAUACCAGGCAGUUCCAGGUGCUGGGAUUCAGCCAUGAGCCAGAGAUGAUGCUCAAUUUCUUUUGCGGGGAGACCCAUGAUAAAGAAACAAUAGGAUGUCCUGGCUGAGCAAGGUUGGAAGUCCUAGUUCUCGCAUUGACCGCACAAACUUUUCUAAUGAAAAAAUCAUCUCUCAACUUGACUACUCAAAUUUUAGUAUCCGAUACUAACAGAAGAGAAAUAAAAAUUUUAAUGCUUAUAUUACACAACAAACACCAUAUAUUCUCAAGUCUAUGUACUAGAAUAAUAGUAGCAGAGUAGGGUAAAAAAAAGAACUUUCUGUUCUGAAAGCUACAACAGAAUAUAUGUUACUAAAAAGGUCUGACACUAAAAUAGUUUUACUUGACUAUGUUUUUAAGACGCAAAAACAUAGUAUUGUAAAGGACAUUACAAAAUAUUUAAUAUGAAUAUUUAACCUUGUCUUGUGGAAUCUUUAAUGAAUAUUAUAGCAAGCGUUAUUUGGCUAGGAUAAAAUAAAGCUCAACCAUUUAAAAAUUAAGCAUUGUUUUCUGAAUUCUAAAAACCUCCUGAAUAAUAAUUUAUUAAAUUUGAGUCAUUUGUUUAACAAGAACCAGUAGUUAGAUAUAAAUGUAUAUGAUGAUCAG